UCCGGAAGUACUGUUUCGUUAGCCUCUGGUCUUCCGGGGCAGGUGUCGGCGUAGCAGCUUUAGGGCGGGGGAAGCCAUUUUUUGUUUCUGGGAAGAGUAAGGAAGAAACCGGGACAAAAGCGAGGGGACAGAAAGAGAAAAUAAAAGGGCUCAGCCCCUUUCCUCUGAACUGAAGCUAGGAAGCAGUUUCGGCUGGCGGCAAGGUCCCGAGGGCCCAGAGAUGUUCUCCCUGUCGAGCACUGUGCAGCCCCAGGUUACAGUUCCUCUCAGUCAUCUCAUCAAUGCUUUCCAUUCACCGAAAAGCAUAUCUGUUUCUGUGAACACACCUGUUCAGAAGCAGCGCCGAGACACAGCUCCUGAGCAUGACACUCCGAGUAGUGAGCCUGUACUUAAUUUAAAGGACCUUGGAUUAUCUGAAUUAAAAAUUGGACAGAUUGAUCAACUGGUAGAAAAUCUACUUCCUGGGUUUUAUAAAGACAAAAGAGUUUCUUCCCAUUGGCAUACAUCUCAUGUCUCAGCACAGUCCUUCUUCGAAAAUAAAUAUGGUCACUUAGAUAUGUUCAAUACGCUGCGCUCCUCUAGCCUGCACAGACAAUAUCCAAAAACUCUUCGAAACAUUUGUUCAGAUCUUCAGUAUUUUCCAAUUUUCACACAGUCUCGGGGCUUUAAAACUUUGAAAUCAAGGACACGGCGUUUGCAGUCUACUUCUGAAAGAUUAGCAGAAGCACAAAAUAUAGCACCAUCCUUUGUGAAGGGAUUUCUGUUGCGGGACAGAGGAACAGAUCUUCAGAGUUUGGACAAGCUUAUGAAAACUAAAAACAUACCUGAAGCUCACCAAGAUGCAUUUAAAACUGGUUUUGCAGAGGGUUUUCUCAAAGCUCAAGCUCUCACACAGAAGACCAAUGGUAAGCUGCUUGUACCACAGCAUAUAUGUGGAGAUCCCGUGACCUUUGGAAACUGCUUCUUUCCUUCUGCUUUCAUUCCGUCCACUGUCAAACUCAGCAGAAUAGAAGCUAGGUACAGGAGAGCACACUCUCAUGGAGUGACAGUGGAAGAUGGACAGAGAGAUCAUAGUGCCAGUCUCCGUUUUAGACAACCUCCAUUUCUAAAGCCUCUAAAGAAGACAGUGCUUCCCGUGACAUAUUUUCCUAUUCAGAUUUUGAUAUCAAAUACCCACAUGUAUUUCUUCCUGUUAGUUCGCUUCCGGACAACUACAGGACUUGAUUCUGCUGUAGAUCCUGUCCAGAUGAAAAAUGUUACUUUUGAACAUGUUAAAGGGGUGGAGGAAGCCAAACAAGAAUUACAGGAAGUGGUUGAAUUCUUGAAAAAUCCACAAAAAUUUACUGUGCUUGGAGGCAAACUUCCUAAAGGAAUUCUUUUGGUUGGGCCACCAGGAACAGGGAAGACACUUCUAGCCCGAGCUGUGGCUGGAGAAGCAGAUGUUCCUUUUUACUACGCUUCUGGGUCAGAAUUCGAUGAGAUGUUUGUGGGUGUAGGAGCCAGCAGGAUCAGAAAUCUUUUUAGAGAAGCAAAAGCAAAUGCUCCUUGCGUUAUAUUUAUUGAUGAAUUAGAUUCUGUUGGUGGAAAGAGAAUUGAAUCUCCAAUGCAUCCAUAUUCAAGGCAGACUAUCAAUCAACUUCUUGCUGAAAUGGAUGGUUUCAAACCCAAUGAAGGAGUAAUCAUUAUAGGUGCCACAAAUUUCCCAGAGGCGUUAGAUAAUGCCUUAAUACGUCCUGGUCGUUUUGACAUGCAAGUUACAGUUCCAAGACCAGAUGUGAGGGGUCGGACUGAAAUUUUGAAAUGGUAUCUCAAUAAAAUAAAGUUUGACAAAUCUGUUGAUCCAGAAAUCAUAGCUCGUGGUACUGUUGGAUUUUCUGGAGCAGAGUUGGAGAAUCUUGUGAACCAAGCUGCAUUAAAGGCAGCUGUUGAUGGAAAAGAAAUGGUUACCAUGAAGGAACUAGAGUUUUCUAAGGAUAAAAUUCUAAUGGGACCAGAAAGAAGAAGUGUGGAAAUUGAUAACAAAAACAAAACCAUAACAGCCUAUCAUGAAUCUGGUCAUGCUAUUAUUGCGUAUUACACAAAGGAUGCAAUGCCAAUCAAUAAAGCUACAAUCAUGCCUCGGGGGCCAACACUUGGACAUGUUUCACUAUUGCCUGAAAAUGACAGGUGGAAUGAGACUAGGGCCCAGCUGCUUGCACAGAUGGAUGUUAGCAUGGGAGGAAGAGUGGCAGAGGAGCUUAUAUUUGGGACUGAUCAUAUUACAACAGGUGCUUCUAGUGAUUUUGAUAAUGCAACGCAAAUUGCAAAGAGGAUGGUUACCAGAUUUGGAAUGAGUGAAAAGCUUGGAGUCAUGACCUACAGUGAUUCAGGAACACUAAGUCCUGAAACGCAAUCUGCCAUUGAACAAGAAAUAAGAAUUCUUCUGCGGGAGUCAUAUGAACGAGCAAAACAUAUCUUGAAAACUCAUGCGAAAGAGCAUAAGAAUCUAGCAGAAGCAUUGUUGACUUAUGAGACUUUGGAUGCCAAAGAGAUUCAAAUUGUUCUUGAGGGGAAGAAAUUGGAAGUGAGAUGAUAACUCUCUUGAUAUUGCUGGUUUUAUUACAGGAUAUAAGUAGCCCUGCAGUCUCUUUUUUGCUACACUCUUCAACCCCCAUUCUUGACUUGGCAUAUAAUUCAAGGAUGAGAAACACUUUGUCAGCCUUCUGUCAUAUUAUCAUAUUUUGGUAAUUCCCAUGAUGACACCCAUUGGAGACUAGUAACCCAUAGCAAGUACAUGAAACAUAAUAAAUAAAGAGCUGUCAGGAUUAAAGACAGAUUGUUUGAAAAAUGUCAAUUAAUCAUGUUGAAAGUAAGCAAUCAUUUUGUGGUUGAUUACUUGAAGUGAGUAAAAAUUGUGCCUUUAUCUACUGGUAAGUAUUUUUUUUUAAAUUUUCAAGCUAAAAUAAUUGAAAAACUAUCAUCUCCUGAUAGUAAUAUUUCGCUUUGGAAAAAAAAAUGCCAUGGGUAAAUGGAAUUUCUACAUAUAUCAGUGGAAAACAUUAAGAUGUACUUAAUUCUGUUCUUGAUUCACCAUGUAAACUGGCCUUUAAAAGGAGCUAUUUGAAUUGUAAACAUAAAGAUAUAAUCAGAAUUUAAAUGCUUGUAAUGUCUUUAAAAUGCAGCAUGCGUGCUCAUUUUCUUUCAGGUUCUAUUGCCUCACUGACGGAAUGGUUUUAGAACAGCAGUAUUUUAUGAUGUAAAUAAGUAACAAAAUAUAUUCUGAAUAAUUGUAUAAUUACCUUUAAUCUCAAAAUCACAAUGAAACCAAAAACUCAAUUCUUGUCAAAGUGGUCUUUCAACUACUGCCUUGUCAGAUUUGGAAGGCUGUACAUCUGCACAUAUUACACGAUUCAUCAGUAGUUUCAUAUUUAAGUCAGUAGAAUGUAGAGUGCAUUGUAUUGGUGUUAUAACCAAAUUAGAUUCUUGAAGGAACUAUUAAAAUUGCAUUCAGUUUUCUCAUGGAGGAUGUACAUGGUCUUCAUUGAAGAAAAUAGGUAUAAUUAAAGGGACCUUGUUACAUGAUA